ACUUUAGUUGAAAUUGAAGCAUAUUGUAGAUUAUAAAACAGCAGAAGAAUCCCGGAUAAUCCUCCUCCGUCUUCCCAACGGUAAUAAAACUAGCGGCAUGAAGCAUCGGAUACAGGGUGUGAAAGAUGAUGAGGCUGCUUCUCUGCAAUUCUUCGCCAUCACCUUCCUCACUACCGCCGCUGCUUCCGCCGAAAUCUGUUUCAGUCAGUCGUCCACUCAAUAACAUCACUCGCUCUCCCGAGCCAAAUUAUACACAGAAAACUGUGUCCAUUACUCAAGCCCUGAGUACGACUCUACUUACCGCAGCACUCUCCUUGGGAAUUUUCUUCGCAUCUCCUUCUGAAGUAAUCUCACUGGAAUUGAGUGCUCCGCAAGAGGAAUUGAAUUGCCGCGAAGAUGAAAACUACGAGAAUGAUAAAGUGGCGGCGGACGUGGUGACGAAUGAGGAGAUCGUGGAAGAGGCUUGGCAGAUUGUGAAUGAUAGUUUUCUCGAUACUGGUCGGCAGCGUUGGUCUCCUGAUCACUGGCUUAAAAAGAAGGGAGAUAUAUUAGGAACCUCGAUUCAGACAAGAUCAAGAGCUCAUGAGAUCAUUAGGCGAAUGUUAGCGAGUUUAGGUGACCCUUACACUCGAUUUCUUUCACCUGCUGAGUUCUCCAAGAUGGCAAGGUACGAUAUGACUGGAAUUGGGAUAAACCUAAGAGAAAUUCCAGAUGAUAAUGGGGUGAUGAAAUUGAAGGUGUUAGGCCUUAUUUUGGAUGGUCCUGCCCACUCUGCAGGUGUCAGACAGGGUGAUGAACUACUGUCCAUCAAUGGUGUGGAUGUGAAAGGAAAAUCAGCAUUUGAAGCGUCAUCCAUGUUACAAGGACCAAGUGAAACAUUUGUCAACGUCAUGGUCAAGCAUGGGAAUUGUGGGCCUGUACAAUCCAUAAGGGUUCAGAGGCAAUCUAUUGCUAAGUCUCCAGUUUUUUACCGAUUGGAGCAGGUUAAAAAUAGUUCAAGUCCUGUUGGCUAUGUGCGCCUAAAAGAGUUCAAUGCUUUGGCCAGGAAAGAUAUGCUUACAGCAAUGAAAAGACUUCAAGAUAUGGGCGCGUCUUACUUUGUCCUCGAUCUUAGAGAUAAUCUUGGUGGACUGGUGCAGGCUGGAAUUGAAAUUGCUAAACUCUUCCUCAAUAAAGGGGAAACAGUAACUUACACAGUUGGUAGGGAUCCACUGUCUGUGAAAAAUAUUGUUGCUGAAACUUCACCUCUAUUUAGUGCUCCUAUUAUUGUUUUGGUGAACAAAAAUACUGCUAGUGCCAGUGAAAUUGUUGCUACUGCUCUUCAUGAUAACUGUAAAGCCGUCCUUGUCGGUGAAAGGACAUAUGGAAAGGGUUUGAUUCAAUCUGUAUUUGAGCUUAACGACGGGUCUGGCGUGGUGGUCACCAUUGGGAAGUAUGUUACGCCAAAGCAUAUGGACAUUAAUGGCAAUGGAGUUGAUCCCGAUUUUCGCAAUUUACCUGCCUGGAAUGAAGUCACCAGAUACCUGUCCACAUGCCAGAGGCCACAAGAAGGAUAACUGCUUUUAAUUUUCAUUCAUUACCCACCAAUUGAAGUCCCUGAUCACUUUCUAUCCCAAGCCAUUUUUUCCGAUAAAUGGGAGAAUCGUCUUAUCAUCUAUAUUUGGAGCAAGGCUCGUGCGUCAUGUGCAUUCUUGUUUCUUCAGUCCUUGAUUCUCUCCAUCAUCAUAGGAGAGAGACGGGCGUCAGUUUGGCCGGGGUCUUAAUUUUGUGAAGUGCCGAUGUCAACAAUCCGAAACAGAAAUUCUUAUUUUAUAAUUGUACUCCUCAGGGCUCUGGCAUAACCACUAUUUUAAAUAUUAGACGUUGCUUCCACUGAAAACUAUACCUUCUCGAUUUUCUCGCAUAUGCUUAGUGGACUUUAUUUCUCUUGAUUCUCGAAUA